UUCAAGGAAUCCUACAUGGCUUCUUUUUAUGACUAUUUUAAUGAGCAGAAAUAUGCAGAUGCAGUAAAAAAUUUUCUAGAUUUAAUUUCAUCUUCGGGAAGGAGAGAUCACAAGAGCAUAGAGCAACCCAUAUUGCUUAAAGAAGGGACUCUUAAACUAACAGUAAAGAAAGUUGAUGGUAAUAGUUCAUGCAGGUUCAUGAUCAAGAGAGCACAAGGAAGAAAACGAUUUGGUAUGAAAAACUUCAAGAAGAGAUGGUUUCGUCUGACAAACCAUGAGUUUACCUAUCAGAAAAGCAAAGGUGAUCACCCUCUGUGUAGCAUUCCAAUUGAAAACAUUCUGGCAGUGGAAAGACUGGAGGAGGAAUCCUUUAAAAUGAAAAAUAUGUUUCAGGUGAUCCAGCCUGAAAGAAGAGUCCUGUAUAUCCAAGCUAAUAAUUGUGUGGAAGCCAAGGAUUGGAUUGACAUCCUCACCAAAGUUAGCCAAUGCAACAAGAAGCGCCUCACGGUCUACCAUCCCUCUGCCUAUCUUAAUGGCCACUGGCUUUGCUGUAAAGCUACUGCAGAUAAUACUCCCGGCUGCACACCCUGCACAGGAGGCCUUCCAGCAAAUAUACAACUGGAUAUAGAUGGAGAUAGAGAAACUGAGCGCAUCUACUCUCUUUUCAACUUGUAUAUGCAGAAAUUGGAGAAGAUGCAAGAGGCCUGUGGCAGCAAAUCUGUGUAUGACGGACCUGAGGAGGAAGAAUAUUCUACAUUCAUCAUUGAUGACCCUAAGGAGACAUAUAAAACACUAAAGCUGAUUAUUGAAGGUGUUGGAACGUUAGAGCAGGAGCAUGCUCAAUAUAAGAGGGAUAAGUUUAAGAAGACAAAAUAUGGAAGCCAAGAACAUCCCAUUGGUGACAAGAGCUUCCAGACCUACAUCAGGCAGCAGUCAGAGAUCUCGGCACAUUCCAUUUGAAGUGCAAAGGAAAACGCAGGACAGUGCUGAAGGGUCGAUCGGUGAAGCUAAACAGCAAAACAAAAGGGAAGCCACACAUGUAGCAAAAUGUAUGGAUAAGUGUCAAGCUUACAAACUUUGAGACUUGCUAAAUGUAUUCUCUUUUCAAGAAACUGUUGUAAUAGUUGCUAUGCACUUUAUUCAUCUGGUUAUUGACAGAUGAUAAAACUCUGCCUUCUAGGCAGUUGUUGUCAUGUGUAUUUUUAAAUGGCUUUGGUUUCUUGGAAUCUAGUGAUCAGUUCAAUGAUCAAGGUGUGUGGACUUCAUCUUGACAACUCCAAUGCAAUUCCUUAUGUUUCGGAAACCAAGCGUGCUGCUAAUAUGCAGCAUUUUCUAGAAUGGUUGUUUGUUACUGGUUUUUGUUCCUGAUUAAUGUAUAUUAUGUCACAUCCCUGCGUGCUCUCUUAGGAAAAGCUUAGUAACACUUUACUCCUAAUGCCUGCAUUUAGAAAAGAAGCAGAGAAAAAACGCUGUGGUGUAAUCUCUUGCGUUGUAGCUUGUAUUCUGAGCAGGCCAAGGAGCAGGCCUUUUCUUUCUACAGCAGCAUAAUUUUUGCUAAAUGUGCACAGUUUUUUAAUAGAAAUUCAGAUCUGAAUGGUACUCUUGAUAUUUUUGAGAUACAAAGUCAUUUCUCCAGACACAUUCAGCAGACUUUAGUUUUGAAGAUGCAAUCUCAGCGGAAUAAUAAAACUGACUCUCAUAAAUAUGAGUAAGAAAGACAUGAACUUCUGUCAAAGCUCCACGUCUCUUUUGUGCGGUGCAGUGAACGGUGAUCCUUGAAAGUCUGCCAGCUGAAAGGCAAGGUAAGCGGAUUUUGAUGACCUUUUACCACCACAGCGAGAAGGACGAAUCUAAUAUGAGUCUGGCAGCUGAGAGACGCUGACUCUCAGGCACAAAAGCCGUCAGGAUGGGUUUUCUCUGGAAGGGGGUUUAAGCACUGGAGUCCAUGCUGUCCUACCUAGUACCACUUGCUUUUCUGGAAAACAUUUGUACUUUUCCAAAAGUGUUUUUAAAUACUUUUUUUUAAAGAGACUUGUUAAAGGAUAUUUAGUAUAUUAACAUGCAUAGUGGUAACUUGUUAAUGUUCUGAGUGUAGUGAAAAUGGAAUGAGCUGUGUAUCUCGCUAGCACCAACAGAAGUCUUUAAGGAGGGGAGUAAAGAUCUGCUAGAAUUAAGAUAUGUAUUUACGUAUGCUGUUUAGUUGUACACCGUAACUUUCCUCUGUAGAAGGGUCUGAUUUACAAACUAGCUUUGGUGGCACGGAAGCCUGCAUGAUGGACUUUAAGCUUCUGUGGGGUAGGAGCUAGUGUUGGUUUUAACCUGAAUUGGAACAGAAGGCAUUGAACUCUCAGUUUAAUGUGAAGAUAUCUGUGUUUUGCUUAAAGUGUUACAGAGUAACUCUUAACUGUGUCCUCUUUGCAUCUGACAUGAUUUAAGGUGGCAGAAAUACUCUGAAUGCCUCUGUUUGUUAGUGAUGCUGUUAGGAAUGAGGUUUUCUUUUUGAGUAUAUAGUAGACCACCUCCUAGUAGAUGAUAAAUGGUCUUUUGUUCAUCUUCACCCAGCAGACCAGGGAAAGGGAAGUAAUGAAGCAUUCAUUGCAGAGAUGCAUUUUGGACUCGAAGCUUUUAGCUGCCAUGAACUGCAAUUUUUAACAUGUAUUUGUAACUUAAUAUUGUUUAUAAAAUACUAAUGACCUGUAAUGUGUUUUACCUGCCAAUUAAAAGAAAUGUUUUAUUUCUGAAAA